GAACUACACGUCCCAGGCUGCAUCGCGCAACUGCCGUUGACGUCGUCGAAUAUCGGGGCUCUGGCAGCGGCGCUCUUUCGGGUCCGCAGCAGUAGCAGCUUGGUCGUCGCGCAAGCGUUCUCGUUCCCUGCUCGGCUCUGUCUCCUCUCCGCCGGCCUCCGCGCUUACGCGAUCCCCCGGCUUUAACCGAGGCCUGCUCCUUCGGCCGACGACAUGGCUCGGCCGUCCGUGCCCAGCUCGCAGAAGGCGCUACUGCUGGAGCUAAAGGGACUGCAGGAAGAGCCCGUGGAGGGGUUCCGAGUCAGCCUGGUGGACGAAGGGGAUCUCUACAACUGGGAGGUGGCCAUCUUCGGGCCCCCCAACACCCACUACGAGGGUGGCUACUUCAAGGCUCGCCUCCGGUUCCCCAUCGACUACCCCUAUUCGCCACCUGCCUUCAGGUUCCUGACCAAAAUGUGGCACCCAAACAUUUAUGAGACUGGGGACGUUUGCAUCUCCAUCCUCCAUCCUCCCGUGGACGACCCACAGAGUGGAGAGCUGCCUUCGGAAAGGUGGAAUCCUACCCAGAAUGUGAGGACAAUCCUCCUUAGCGUGAUCUCAUUGCUCAACGAGCCAAACACGUUUUCUCCGGCAAAUGUGGAUGCGUCUGUGAUGUACAGGAAAUGGAAGGAGAGCAAAGGGAAGGAUCAGGAAUACACAGACAUUAUCAGGAAGCAAGUCCUGGGGACGAAGGUGGACGCCGAGCGAGACGGCGUCAAAGUCCCCACCACGCUGGCGGAGUACUGUGUCAAGACCAAGACGCCCGCGCCGGACGAGGGCUCAGACCUCUUCUACGACGACUACUACGAGGACGACGAGAUGGACGAGGAGGUGGACAGCUGCUACGGCGACGAGGACGAUUCCGGCAACGAGGAGUCUUGACGAGGGAUCCCCGGCCCCUCUCUCGCCCCGUUCUCUCCCCUUUCCACGCCCUCGUCCGCCUUCCCUCCACCGCUGCUGCCGCCUCCUGCUGCUGCUCCUGAUGGUAGCAAUAAACUGUGUUGACUCUCUUACUUGAACCCAGGACGCAACCAGCUGAGACUUAGAACCCCGGUUUGGCCCUGAGACAAAACUCUCUACCUCAAAAGGGAGACUCGGCUUCUGCUUGAAGUGGGUGGGGCGGG